GUACGCAUGCGCAGAUGUUGACAGCUAACUAGCGCAGCGCACUUCACAACAGCAGCUGAUGCUAGCUCAGCGGCUACCGUUUCGCUUUUCUUUUCGGGAAACAAUUAACCUACACACUCAAAUGUACCAUCCUGCGUGAGGGGAACUAUCCAGAAAAAUUCACACGAGUAUGGCGGUUGUACUUAAAAGCCUUGACAGCUCGUGUGUGUAGUUAGCUAGCUGGCUGGCUAGGUAAAGUUGAUAGCACUGAUUAGCAUCAACGCUAGCUAGCUCCACGGAUUCUUUACAAGCUGGCAUCGAAACACCUAACCGUCAGCCAUGGGGAUACUAUUCACGAAGCUAUGGAGGCUUUUUAAUCAUCAAGAGGUGGAAGAAGUACUCUUGGACUUAAGAACACAAAGUUAUCAUUGUAGGUCUGGACAAUGCUGGCAAGACCACAAUCCUUUACCAGUUUUCGAUGAAUGAGGUGGUACACACCUCGCCUACAAUUGGGAGCAACGUGGAGGAGAUUGUCGUCAACAACACCCAUUUCCUGAUGUGGGACAUCGGGGGCCAGGAGUCCCUCAGGUCAUCGUGGAAUACCUACUACACAAACACAGAGUUCGUCAUCGUGGUGGUGGACAGCACCGACAGAGAAAGGAUCUCCGUGACCAAAGAGGAGCUCUGCAGGAUGCUAGCGCAUGAAGAUUUAAAAAGGGCGGGAGUGUUGAUCUUCGCCAACAAGCAGGAUGUGAAGGGGUGCAUGUCUGUGGCUGAAAUCUCCCAGAGCCUCCAGCUCACCUCCGUCAAAGACCACCAGUGGCACAUCCAGGCCUGCUGCGCCCUCACUGGGGAGGGGCUGUGCCAGGGUCUCGAGUGGAUGAUGUCCCGGCUGCGUGUGAGAUGAUGACCUUUGACUUUUGAUCAAGAGUGCGCCCUUGCUCUUUGUUUUUCCUCUGCCUCCGGACAUGAGCUUUGAAACGAGGAUGGGGCUGAGGUCGGUUGACGGACGGAGCCCUCUCCUCUCUCCUGCGAUGGGCACACCGCUGCCAGGACGUUAUACUCUUCUGUGAUAAUUUAUUUUAACGAAAGACGUCUGAGCUUGGGAACAGAAAAAACCACGAUGUUUUCAGAAGAACAACAAAAGAGACUCCAAUUAUUUAAACGGAAAUGUUUGCACGGUUUUUCCUUUCACAGAAGUCGGCAAAUGGACUGACUUUGGGACUGUACAUGGACUUAUUCUUCAGCUGUGUGUGACUCCAGCCCUUUGUGGCCUUGCAGUAUUGCCAGACUGGCUGUGGCAGUUUUUAUUGCCCCCACUUUACCCCAUGUGUACAGUCCAGUAUUCUCUUUUAACGUGGUGCCUGCAGCAGUGAUGAUGGUUGAUGGAGACUGAAACAUGCAACAAGGAGGGUCAAAUCACAAUAUACCCUCUUAGUUUCAGUCCCUAUGAAUAAUCAGUGAAAUAAAGUGUUUUUAUCUGUUUCAGGUGAA